CGACAAGGUCCGAAGUAGCAUGAGCACGUCGGCGGCGUCGUCGCGGCCGUCAAGCACCGCGACAAGCGCGGUCUCAAGCGCGCCAGUCCUCGGCCCGAUCCCGCAGGGCGUCCUGCUCUACGGCCAGCAGCUGCGCCUCAUGGCGGCGAGCUCGUACCACAGCGCGAGCGCGCCCACCGAUGUCGGGCUCGGCGUCUACGAGAAGAAGGGAAAGCAUGGCAUCCUCAACUGCGUGCCACCGCUCGGGCCGUCGCAGGAGCACCUCUUCAAGGAGGAUGAGUACACGGUGCUCGACCCGAGCAAGACGCACAAGCUUGGGUCGCCCGUCCAGUUUGGCCACACGCUCGUGCUCGUGAACCAGAACGACGAAGUCUGGAACAACAAGACGGGUGGCAUCACGGGCUACAUUGGCCCACGCCCGCGCCAGACGCCCGGGGAGAUGUUUGUUAGCUUCCACCCGAACCCCAAGGGCCCGCAAUCGACAUCGCUCUUCGUGCACUUUGGGGACUCGAUCGUCAUUGACGUCGAGGACGCCAACCGCCACGUGCGCGCGUACAACAAGCGCCUCACCAACUUUAAGAAGCCGACGUCGUCGAUCCUCGGCGGCUACAUUUGCUGCGACGGCAAAGGCCACGACCUUCACUGCACGAUCGCGCCGCCCAAGCUCCAAGUAAAGCAAGUGCGACUCAAGUCCAAGAUUCUCUCGGGCUAUCAGUUUGGGCAGCCAAUCGACAUUACGAACGAAGACAAGACGAUCGAGGUGCGCUUCAGCCACGACAAGACGCUCCUCUUGACGCCCGAGCUUGUACAAGACUUGGUCCGCGACAGCCAGAACUCGUCGGGCCCUCUCUACGUCCCGCUGACCAAUGGUCCGGGCGGGGUCCAGCUCAGCUUGCAGGUCGCUCCGGACCCGUCGUCACCCGCGUACCGCGCACCCGAACCGUCCGUGCCGAUGACGCAGGCGCUGGCGCAAAAGCUCCAGGAAACGCCGGUGCACAAGGUCUCGAUUCUCGUGGUCAUUUCGUCCGUUAUCCUCGCGCUGCUCAAGCGUUCCGGCCUCGUGCAUCAGUGGAUCGCUGUCGCGCUCGCGGCGUGUAUUUGGACACCAGCGAUGUUUCUUCUGCUCUCGGGCAACCAAGCGACGCCCAAGAAGCCAUCGUCGACGACGUCGGCGCAGGAAAUUGCCGCUCCUGGCACGAAGAAGCUCGUGCUGCUGCAAUACGUCUUCCGACGUGACGCUGAGGGGCCGGUGGCGCCAUUAGCUACCGUUGCCACCGUCGCCAAGGGCGAGUCGCCGCCCGUGCCGCAGCGGUACAUGAACGCUGUCAAGGGCGACCCCGCCGCGGCCCUCGUGCGCUGGGAGGACACGCUCGCGUGGCGCAAGGAGGAGGGCGUCGACGGCAUUCUCGACGAGCCGAUGCCGUUUUUCCGUCUCAUCAAGCAAAACUACCCGCACUACUACCACAAGCGUGGCCUGCACAACGAACCCGUCUACUACGAGAAGCCGGGAAAAAUCGAUCUCAAGCUGCUUCGCACCGAAGGCGUCACGCUCGAGAACCUCAUUCGCAACUACACGAUGAUCUCGGAGUUUCUCUGGCGCGUCGUCGAGAAGGACGACAACCAAAAGUGCAUCACGGUCAUCGACGUCGAAGGCAUUGGCAUGGCCGACUUUGGCGGCGAAGUCGUCGACUACAUCCGGAAGGCGUCGUCGUUUACAGGCAAGCACUACCCGGAGCGCUGCGCGUACAUCUUUGUUGUCAACGUGCCCAUGUGGUUCAACAUGAUCUGGAAAGUCGUGCAGGGCAUGAUCGACGAGGUCACGCGCGAGAAGGUGACGAUCGUCCGCGGCAAGAGCGCGAUCUAUGAGGCGCUCGUCAAGCGCAUUCCGGUCGAGAACAUUCCGGUCGAGUACGGCGGCCAGAGCGAGGGCAAGUCGCCCGAAGAGGAAGUGCUCUUCAAGCUCAUGGACUUCAACAACCACGUCGACGGCGUCGAGAACCCGCUCGUUGGGGCGUACACGCGCAAGCCGUUCGUGGAGGCGUCGUAAGCAGACACCAAUGGAUCAUCAGAGACAGGAACGAUAGUAUAUAAUGCAUGACAACACAUACGCGUUCUUAUAGUCGUC